CAGCACAAAAACUAUUCUCUUCAAUGGGGAUGAAUGGGACAUGGGAGACUAAGAGUUCCUGGUAAUGUAAGAAGAAGAAGAUGAAAUGAAGAAGAUAAAACAAAAAUAAACAUUUCACAGUUUGAAAUGUAUGGAGUAGCCGGAAGAAGCUGCCAAAAAAAUAUCUAAUUUUUCUGAGCACACUUUAUCCACAAUCCAUUCUUCCAACUACACUCCCUCCACCUCAUAGUCCAUGGCCACCACCGCAACUCACUGUGUCCAACUCGCCGGCGCCACCGUGUCGACUCACCGGAUAACUUCCAUUUCCUGCAAGAAGAAAUCGGAUAAGAUUGCAUUCAAGGAGACGAAAGAAGGCUUUGUGGAUUACGACCGAGGCCUGCACGAGGUCUCCACAAAAAUCUCAGGCCUCCGCAAGGACAACAUCGCCACCCGCUACCGCCUCCGCGUCGCCGGAAACCGCUUCCAAAAGGACUGGACGGUGUCCGAGGUCGCCGACCUCGUCCUCUCGCUCGACCUCUCCGACGACAUCGAUGGCCUACUCAACCGUUGGAUAGGCCGCUACGCACGCAAGAAUUUCCCCUACCUCAUUAAGGAGUUGACGCAGCGAGGGUCCAUUGAACACUGUAAUCGCGUGUUCAGGUGGAUGAAGUUACAGAGGAAUUACCGUGCGCGCAAUGAUAUGUACAACAUGAUGAUUAGGUUGCACGCUCGUCACAAUCGAACGGACCAUGCGCGUGGAUUGUUUUUCGAGAUGCAGGAAUGGAGGUGUAAACCGGAUGUUGAGACUUACAAUGCUCUUAUAAACGCACAUGGUCGGGCUGGACAGUGGCGUUGGGCUUUGAAUAUCAUGGAUGACAUGCUGCGUGCAGCUAUUCCACCGAGUAGGUAUACUUAUAACAACUUGAUAAAUGCUUGUGGAUCUAGUGGGAAUUGGAAAGAAGCACUCAGCGUUUGCAAGAAAAUGACAGACAACGGUGUUGGGCCUGAUCUUGUUACUCACAAUAUUAUUCUGUCUGCAUUUAAAAGUGGUGCUCAGUAUUUGAAAGCUCUGUCAUAUUUUGAACUAAUGAAGGGAACUCAUAUUCGUCCUGACACAACCACACUUAAUAUUGUUAUCCAUUGUCUAGUAAAGCUUCAACAAUAUGACAAAGCCAUUGAUAUUUUUAAUUCCAUGAGGGAGAAGAAAUCAGAAUGUACCCCUGAUGUCGUUACAUUCACAAGUAUUAUUCACUUGUAUUCUGUGUGUGGGCAAGUUGAAAAUUGUAAGGCUGCAUUUAAUAUGAUGCUUGCAGAAGGGCUGAAACCUAAUAUAGUCUCAUAUAAUGCACUGAUAGGUGCAUAUGCUGCUUGUGGGAUGGACAAUGAGGCACUUUUGGUAUUCAAUGAGAUAAAAAGAAAUGGUUUCCGCCCUGAUGUUGUAUCAUAUACGUCUCUCCUUAAUGCUUAUGGAAGGUCACAAAAACCCCAAAAAGCAAGGGAAAUAUUUGAUAUGAUGAAGAGAAACAAGUUGAAGCCAAACCUUGUCAGCUACAAUUCACUGAUUGAUGCUUAUGGAUCUAGUGGUUUUCUGACAGAUGCAAUUGAAGUCUUGAGAGAAAUGGAACAAGAUGGAAUUCAACCAAAUGUUGUUUCAAUAUGCAUACUCUUGGCAGCCUGUGGAAGAUGCAGUCGGAAGGUGAAGAUUGACACAGUCCUAACAGCAGCUAAGAUGAGAGGAAUUAAGUUAAACACAGUUGCAUAUAAUUCAGCUAUAGGAAGCUAUAUGAAUGUAGGGGAAUAUGACAAAGCUGUAGACUUGUACAAAUCUAUGAGGAAGAAAAAAAUUAAAACUGAUUCUGUUACUUACACUGUGUUAAUUAGUGGUUGUUGUAAGAUGUCAAAAUAUGGUGAAGCCGUAUCUUUUAUGGAAGAAAUGAUGCAUCUAAAACUUCCUUUGUCCAAAGAGGUCUACUCUUCUGUCAUAUGUGCCUAUAGCAAACAGGGCCAAAUUGAAGAAGCAGAAUCUACAUUUAACUUGAUGAAAUCAUCUGGUUGUUACCCUGAUGUGGUUGCAUACACCUCCAUGCUUGAUGCUUACAAUGCAGCUGGGAGUUGGGAGAAAGCCUAUGCACUCUUUGACGAAAUGGAAGCAAGUGACAUCAAGCUAGAUACCAUUGCCUGUGCAGCCCUAAUGAGAUCUUUUAAUAAAGGUGGUCAACCGGGAAGGGUUCUUAGUCUAGCACAAAGCAUGAGAGAAAAAGAAAUUCCUUUCACUGAUACCAUAUUUUUUGAAAUGGUAUCUGCCUGUAGCAUAUUACAAGAUUGGAGGACAGCAGUUGACAUGAUCAAGUACAUAGAGCCCUCACUUCCAGUAAUUUCAUCCGGAUGUUUGAAUCAGUUCCUACAUGCUUUAGGAAAAAGUGGAAAGAUUGAAACUAUGUUGAAGUUAUUCUUCAAAAUGUUGGCAUCAGGAGUUGAUGUUAACUUAAACACUUACUCUAUUUUAUUGAAGAACCUUUUAUCAUCUGGAAAUUGGAGGAAGUAUUUAGAGGUAUUGCAAUGGAUGGAGGACGCAGGCAUUCAUCCAUCAAACGAAAUGUACCAUGAUAUAUCUUCGUUUUCACAAAAAUGCUGUGGGCACGAAAAUGCUGCUGUUAUAAAAGAAAGACUUGAAUCCUUGAAAAGAAAAUCUGAGGAUCAAAUUUCUGCCAACCGACCAGGUGAAACUCCGGUUCUUAGUUGACCAUUGUCAUGGAAUCAAUUUUUUGCUUAGCUGUGACACGCAGGUCUAACUGUUGCUGAAGUUUUGCCUGAGAUUUUGUGAAGAUUGGAACUCCAUUAUUGAAUGAAAUUUUUUAUGAAAAUUACAAUAUCUCAUUAUAUAAGUGAUAUAAUAUUUACUAAAAUUCUGUGAUACCAAUAAAUUUUACUGAGUAAUAGAAAAAUGUUCAAAAGGGUGUGAGUGAUUGAGUUCCUAGCAUUUUCCAAAGACAUUUUGUUCAUUUUAGACCUGCAAUUUGUAAAUAAUGUAAAGUUGUGCUCCUGUAUAUAUACUACUGAUACGAUUGGGCUAUACUGUACAACGUAAGCUCCACUGGGAUCACUCUUCUAAUUCUUCCUUCUCGCUUAUAUUUUCUUAAAAAAGUGACCAACGUGCCUUUAUCUUGUCAUUUGAAGUUGUGUUAUAAAUUAUGGAACCUGGAUUGUGUAGGUUGGAAUAUAGUGUUUGUAUUUAGUAAUCCAUAAUUUAGA